UUUCGUCCUUAUCACUCACUUUUUAAUGAAAAUGGACAACAAAUUCCUUUUUAAAGUAAAUAGAAUUAUAAUGAGUAAAAUCGCCUCGGCAGCAAUGAAUAUUUUUGUAUAUGUUAAAAACAAAAGAAUUAAUUUUUAUAAACCAGUUCGUAACCAAAUAAACCUGUUAUGUAUGUAAGGAUUGACCGCCGUCGCCUAAGCUUGAGGAAACUCCUUUGUAUAAAUAUAAUAGAUUUGGACAAUUUGAUUCUAUAGUAUUAAUUAAUUAAAAUCAGAACGGUAAAGUGUUAGCGAGCGCUAGAAAUUGUGUAAAAUAUUUUUUCCUGUGAUUUACGGAAUUAGGAUUAACGUGUAGUUGUUAGUUACUGCGCAACCAGAGCUGGUUCUUAAGAUAUGGAGAAAUUACCAAAAAGUCCAUUACUAGAAUUUAAUCACAGACAAGUUGAUCUAGUACGAGAAACAUUCAAUUACGAUGUAAAAAAAUUAAAUCAGGAUCUUGACAACUUUGAAGAUUGGAUAAGAAAGCAGAAUCAUUUUGAAGUAAAGGAAUUUGAUCGAGAUUACCUUGAACGAUUUCUAAUAGCAAGCAAAGGAUCCGUGGAGAUUGCUAAAAAACGGUUUGAUAAAUUGUGCACAUUACGGACCCUGAUGCCGGAGUUCUUAAGAAACUUUGACGUGAAUGAUGAGUUCUCUCGUGUUGUGAAAUGGAAUUACUAUUGCGUACUACCAAAGCCGACAAAUGAUAACUAUCGAGUUAUAGCAACUACAGCACAUAAUCCAGAUGCCCCUGACAUAGAUACGCUUGAACUGUACAGAUUUGUCAUAUCGCUGAUGGAAUAUGUGCUUAAAUAUGACUACAGCGCUGGCUUUGAAGUGAUCUUCGAUACAAGAAUGUAUACGUUUGGUUUAGUAUCCAAAUUCAAUCCAAUCAUAAUGAAGAAAUGUGUCACAAUAUUCCUGGAAGCAUUUGGCUGUAGACUAAAACGUGUACAUGUCGUAAGUGGUUCGAAGCUGUGCGAUAUUGUCUUAUCCAUUCUCAAGUCAGUCCUAUCAGAGAAGGUAGUAAAACGUAUUGUUGUGCACGAUACCGUGGAAACUUUGCAAAAUUACAUUUCUAAAGACAUUUUACCCGUUGACCUUGGUGGCACUGCGAAAUGUAUGAAGGAUAUUUGUGAGGCAGCCUUAGAAGAGAUGCGCAAGGAGGAGCAUGUAGCUCGUUUGAAAUUCAUGGAAACCGCAGGAACUGACGAAUCUAAAAGGCUUAAUCAGACCUUCAACGAGGAAUAUUUAGGAAUGCCUGGCUCAUUCAAAUCAUUGUGUGUAGAUUAGUUACGGACUUUAUAUUAAAUUAGGAGCGAUAGUUUCUUUUGAAAUUGGAAUUCAAAAGAAAUUAACUGUAUGUAAAAAAAUGCUUUUUUUGUUUGAUUUUUGGUACUGAGUACAACAUACAUAUACAACAUAUAGUAGAUGUCCGUGUCUUAUUAUUUUAAAUCGAAUUCAAAAAAGCCGAAGGAGUCAUAAUUAUUAUAUUGAAAAGCGAAAAAGGUUUUUCGUGGAAUAUUUAGAGGGAGAGCUUUUCAAUAAAAUCUUUAUCACGGAGAUUCUUAAACAUUAUUGAGAAAAAAUUUUGAUUUUGUAAUUCUUAGUAUUAUUUAGAAGAUAUUAUGCUGACCCACGACUCAUAAUCAUACUUUAACUAUUUUUUUUAAGAAUUAAAAAAAAUAUAAAUAUUUAUAAUUAACAGUUUUUGUUUCAUUAUCAUGUCAAGUGUAAUGAUUUAUUAUUCUUAAUUUGUUAAGGAAAUCUAUUGUAUGCGCCAGGUAAUUGAUUUUAUAACUGCUUAUAGUUUCCUGCAAGAUUUAAUUGCUUGAAUAAUUAUAAAUAAUCUAUGGAAGAAUGAAUCUAAAUGUAAAGGAACAUGAAAAAAAUCAUUUCGUAUCGAUUAGAUGGUUGUGUGUGGUUGUGGGAACACACACACAAAAGCGCCCACAUAGUCUCUACCAUUUAUUCAGUACACGUAUUUAUUUGUUUAUAGCCAUAUAAGUUACGAAAGAGCUUGGUCACUAAGUAACUUGUACUAACUUUUGUACUCAUUGUAUAUAAGUUUAGACAAUAUAGGUAUAUGUUACGAUUGGGCUACGUCUUAUAACACUUGUAUUUUUUGUAUACAUAUUUAAAAUAACAUUGUAAAACUUUUUUAAUAAAAGAUUCAGGUCAUGUUCCCUUUCUGUCAACACAGCAUCUCCACGUCACUUGGAAAAACUCUUAAAUUUCAUCUCUAAGAUAAAAUUAUUUGCAUGAAUGAAUAAAAUAAUUGUAAUGCCCUUUGGGACAUGAACAGUUAGUUAUCAAGAUAUUUUAGUAUAAUAACUUCAAGCGAAAAUCUGUAAAUUACUGUAUACGCUACGUUUGCACUCUGAUAUUUCAUAACGCAAUAUUUUUAAUUGUUAUUACUGCUUAUGUUUUUUAUAAAUUAUGUUGUAUACUCUAUAUGAAAUUUCCUCAUCAAAGGCCAGGAAGCAACGGAACUUGUUUUGAUCCCAAUAUUUAUAAAUUACAACGAUUUUCAUAAAUCCUUAAACAAUAUUACUCUUUAUAUACUUUGUAAAACUAAAAAUAUACGUAAAGAUAUUAAUCUUUGAA